CAAGCAGGCCGGGCCACCCCGGAGGCCCGUCGUCCGUGGUCUCCCCGAAACCGAGCGGCACCGAGCAGCGCGGCCGGCGUGCAGCGCCGCCUCGUUCCGGGCCAGGCCCGCCGGGCCGCGCGCAGGCGCCGUUGCCGCCACCGCUGCCUGGCUCGCGACAUGGCGGCGCUGCGCGUGCUGCGGCGAGCGGCGGGGGCGCCGCUGUGCCGGGCCACCUCGGGGGGCCGCUGGGUCACCUCCGGCGGCCGCCCGCCCUCCGUGCCCGAGCGCAUCGAGGAGAAGCGCCGCGCCGCGCUGCUCGGCGGCGGCCAGGGCCGCAUCGACGCGCAGCACAAGCGGGGAAAGCUGACAGCAAGAGAACGAAUUCUUCUGCUCUUGGACCCCGACAGUUUUGAUGAAUAUGACAUGUUUGUGGAACACAGAUGUUCUGACUUUGGGAUGGACUCUGAUAAGAAUAAGUAUCCAGGAGACAGCGUGGUGACUGGCCGCGGACGGAUUAAUGGGAGACUGGCUUAUGUUUUCAGUCAGGAUUUUACUGUAUUUGGAGGUAGUUUAUCUGGAGCUCAUGCCCAGAAGAUCUGUAAGGUCAUGGAUCAAGCUGCCAUGGUUGGAGCACCUGUGAUUGGGCUGAAUGAUUCUGGAGGAGCCCGUAUCCAGGAGGGAGUGGAGUCCUUGGCGGGCUAUGCAGAUAUAUUUUUGAGAAAUGUUCUGUGUUCCGGGGUAGUUCCACAGAUCUCCCUCAUUAUGGGUCCUUGUGCUGGUGGAGCUGUGUAUUCACCUGCUUUAACUGAUUUCACAUUCAUGGUGAAGGAUACAUCCUACCUAUUCAUCACUGGCCCAGAUGUAGUUAAGUCUGUUACCAAUGAAGAUGUCACCCAAGAGCAGCUUGGGGGUGCGAAGACACACACUGCUGUAUCUGGAGUCGCGCACAGAGCCUUUGAGAACGAUAUAGAUGCUUUACUUAAUCUCCGAGAGUUCUUUAAUUAUUUACCUCUUAGCAACCGAGAUCCAGCACCGGUCCGUGAAUGCCAUGAUCCCAGCGACCGUUUGGUUCCUGAGCUGGACACAGUUGUACCAAUUGAAUCUACUAAAGCCUACGAUAUGCUGGACAUCAUACACUCCAUUGCUGAUGAAAGGGAAUUCUUUGAGAUCAUGCCUUCCUAUGCCAGAAACAUUGUUGUUGGAUUUGCCAGGAUGAACGGACGAACUGUUGGGAUAGUAGGCAACCAACCCAAAGUAGCAUCAGGGUGCUUAGAUAUAAAUUCUUCUGUGAAAGGAGCCCGCUUUGUUCGGUUCUGUGAUGCGUUCAACAUACCUCUGAUUACUUUUGUGGAUGUUCCUGGAUUUUUGCCAGGUACAGCUCAGGAGUAUGGUGGAAUCAUACGUCACGGUGCCAAACUACUGUUUGCCUUUGCAGAAGCAACUGUGCCUAAAAUUACUAUCAUCACCAGAAAAGCCUAUGGGGGUGCCUAUGAUGUGAUGAGCUCAAAGCAUUUAAGAGGAGAUGUGAAUUAUGCCUGGCCUACCGCAGAGGUGGCAGUGAUGGGUGCAAAGGGUGCUGUCCAGAUCAUUUUCAGAGGAAAAGAGGCAGAUGCAGAGGCAGAAUACGUGGAUAAGUUUGCAAACCCCUUUCCGGCAGCCAUGAGAGGGUUUGUUGAUGAUAUCAUCCAACCUUCGAGCACCCGCAUGCGCAUCUGCCACGACCUAGAUGUGCUGGCUAGUAAAACACAGUCCAGUCCGUGGAAGAAACAUGCUAAUAUCCCACUGUGAGUGUGAGGAGGGGCUUGGCCAUGCUGGAAGACGUGGCAGUGUUCUGAACACAAAUAAUCUCUGUUUAAGUGGAGGUCUGCUUUGCAAUGGAAAUAAUUCUUUUCAUUUUGAUUUUGCUAACGACCAUCAAUAAAUCAUAGUUACGUAUCUCAUAUAA